CAGUGCGAUCCCUCCCUCCCACUCCACCCAUCAUUAGGGCAUGUACAGUGGAUGUCUUAAGUUGUGUCUUAGAGUGUGUCUAGGGGGGUGAAUGUAAAAAAUCUCAAGACAUAUAUCUUGACGAAGACACAGUGUCUUAGCUCUAUAUUCGAGACAGGAGACUAUCUGAUUGGUCACUUUAAUUUAUUGAAUGUUCUGAUUGGUACAAUGAAUAUGCUGUAUCUAGGUUGUACAUGCCCUUACAAAUCCCUCUCCCCCCCCUCCCUCCGUAAAUCGCGAAGUCAAAUCUCACCUCACCAGUGGCUGCCUUCUCCGCUCCGCGCUGCGCCUCCCCCAAAGCUUCAGUGGCUGCUGCGACCCUUCUGUUCUCCGCUCUUGGUCUUGGGUGAUCGCCGGCGGUACUUGUAGCGGGCCUUUGUAGGUAUUUAUCUGAGGGAAGAAGAAACUAUACAAUUCAUCAUGUCAGGAGGGUCGUCUGAAUCUUCCCCGUUAUCUGGACAAAAUAGCCUUAGUUCUCUAUCAAUUUCCAAGGACAAUGAACUAUCUUCAGAGUCUGGCUGCUUGUCCAUUGUUGUACUAGGCGCUUCUGGAGACCUUGCUAAGAAGAAAACUUUCCCAGCGCUCUUUCACCUUUUCCAGCAGGGAUUUCUGCAAUCUGGAGAAGUCCAUAUAUUUGGGUACGCAAGAUCAAAUCUUUCUGAUGAUGGAUUAAGAGAACGCAUUCGUGGAUACCUCAAGGGAGCUUCAGAUGAACAUCUUUCUCAGUUUUUGCAGUUAGUAAAAUAUGUUAGUGGCUCCUAUGAUAGGGUGGAAGGAUUUGAGUUAUUAAAUAAGGCAAUCUCUGAGUAUGAAACUUCAAAAAACAAUGACUCGGGAAGCUACCGCAGAUUAUUUUAUUUGGCAUUGCCUCCAUCAGUCUACCCAUCAGUAUGCAAAAUGAUAAGAUCAUAUUGCAUGAGUCCAUCUUCACACACCGGUUGGACAAGGGUUAUUGUUGAAAAGCCCUUUGGAAAGGAUUUGAACACUGCAGAGGAACUGAGUGCUGAACUUGGGCAGCUGUUUCAAGAAGAACAACUCUAUAGAAUUGACCACUAUUUAGGAAAAGAGCUUGUCCAAAACCUGCUUGUGCUUCGUUUUGCAAACCGCUUAUUUUUGCCUCUCUGGAACCGUGAUAACAUAGCUAACGUACAGAUCGUAUUUAAGGAGGACUUUGGAACUGAAGGACGUGGAGGAUAUUUUGAUCAAUAUGGUAUCAUUCGUGAUAUCAUUCAGAACCACUUGUUGCAGGUCUUCUGUUUGGUGGCUAUGGAAAAGCCUGUCUCUCUUAAACCCGAGCACAUUAGAGAUGAAAAAGUCAAGGUUCUGCAAUCGGUGGAGCCUAUAAAGCAUGAAGAGGUAGUCAUCGGACAAUAUGAUGGCUACAAGGAUGACCCUACUGUGCCAGAUGACUCCAACACCCCUACUUUUGCAUCUGUUGUACUGAGGGUACACAACGAAAGAUGGGAGGGGGUUCCAUUCAUCCUCAAGGCUGGCAAAGCACUAAAUUCGAGGAAAGCAGAGAUACGUGUACAGUUCAAGGAUGCUCCUGGUGACAUUUUUAGAUGCAAGAAACAAGGCAGGAAUGAGUUUGUCAUACGCCUGCAGCCAUCAGAAGCCAUGUACAUGAAACUAACGGUCAAAAAACCCGGACUGGAAAUGGCAACCGAACAAAGCGAACUGGAUCUAUCGUAUGGGAUGCGGUACAAUGGCGUCAAAAUCCCAGAAGCAUACGAGCGUCUCAUCUUGGAUACGAUAAGAGGAGACCAGCAGCACUUCGUUCGCCGAGAUGAGCUGAGGGCCGCAUGGGAAAUCUUCACUCCUUUGCUUCACGACAUCGAUGGUGGCAAGCUCAGGUCCGUUCCGUACAAGCCGGGAACCCGAGGACCGCAGGAAGCCGACGAGUUGAGCAGGAGGAUGGGGUAUGUGCAGACCCAUGGGUAUGUAUGGGUUCCGCCGACCCUUUCUAAGGUUUAGCUGUUUGAUUAUCAGCUGCCGUGUAACCACAGAAUGACAGAAAGCGGGGAAGAUCCCUUUGUAAUACGUGGGUCGUGUAAUAAGAGAAACUUCUGCUUGUUGUUUGAGUGACCCUUUACGGUAUUGGAAUAAAAAAAGAAUGUGAUGUUAUUAUCUCA